GCUGCCCGCGGUGGGGAGGGGAUAGCGGGGCGGACCCGGAGGACAUGGAGGGCGAGGAGGCCCCGUCAUGGCGGGGUCCCGGCGGGGCCGUGCGGGAGCUCUGCCGCUCCUUCGGCCACUACAACCGGCACCUGGCGCGGCUGCAGCACAACCUGCGAGAGACCAAGAGGUUCUUCCGCGACGUCAAGUUCUCCCAGGGACAUCCCUUCGCCUCGGCGCCUGCCGGUGACGGCCCCCGCUCCGCCUGGGAUGGGGAUGGGGGUCCCGGGGACGGCGGCCCCAGCCCGGUGUCGUUCCCCCAGCACGAGGAGGAGCAGCUGCAGCGCUCGGUGAGCUGGAGGCCCUGCCUGCUGAUCCUGGGCCAGAACUGCCGCGCCAAGGGCCGCCUGCUCAACACCCUGCUGGGCCAGGAGCUGCUGCCCACCCCUGGCACUGGCACCAAGGAGCUGCUGCCCACCCCCGGCACUGGCACCCAGGAGCUGCUGCCCACCCCCGGCACUGGCACCAAGGAGCUGCUGCCCACCCCUGGCACUGCCACCCAGGAGCUGCUUCCCGGAGCUGCCACCCAGGAAUUGCUGCCUGGGGCUGGCACUGCUACCAAGGAGCUGCUGCCUGCUGCUGGGGCUGGCACCAAGGAGCUGCUGCCCGGUGCUGACACUGCAGAGCUGCUUUCCAUCCCUGGGCCUGGCACUGUCACCGAAGAGCUGCUUUCCACCCCUGGGACUGUCACCAAGGAGCUGCUGCCCACCCCCAGUGCUGGCAUGGGCACUGAGGAGCUGCUGCCCACCCCUGGGACUGGCACCGAGGAGCUGCUGCCCAUUGCUGAGGCUGCCACUGAGGAACUGCUGCGCAUGGCUGGCACCGAGGAGCUGCUGCCCACCCCUGGGACUGGCACAGGCACUGAGGAGCUGCUGCCCAGGGCUGGCACUGAGGAGCUGCUGCCCACCCCUAUGGCUGGCACCGAGGAGCUGCUGCCCACCCCUGGGGCUGGCACAGGCACCGAGCAGCGCUGCCGGCGCCGCCGGGUGCGCUUCACGCAUGGGGCGCGGCCGCGGCUGAGCCUGGCACUGCCCGGGCAGUUUGAGCUGGUGCAGGCGCUGGUGGCACACAGCGGGCACUGGGACACCAUCCCCGAGCAGGACCUGCAGGUGCCAGGGGACGCCGAGGAUCCCGCACAGAGGGUGGCAGAGCUGGAGGUGGUGCUGCCCUGCGCACUGCUCAAGGAAGUGGACAUCGUAGUGGCUCCAUGCCGAGGCUUCCAGUCAGCUGAGUCCACCCUGGCCGAGUUUGUGAACCAGGUGCUGCCCGUUGUCACCUUUGCCAUCAGCGAGCCCCAGCUGUCCCCAUCGGACCAGGCGGAACUUCGGGAAAUCAAACAAAAAUUCUCCCUCCCCAUCUUCUUCCUGCGAAUCCCCGAGGCCGGCAGCGAGCUGAGCUCUCCCAAAAACCCCCCCAAGGACAACAAAUCCCCUCUGCACCUGCAGCUGCUGGAUCUGGAAUACCUGAGCCCCUCCAGCCCCUGCGGCUGCGGCGUUCCCGGCUCCUCCAUGCUGGUGGAGCAGCUGGAAAAGCUGAGGCUGCUGAGCUCCUUCUCCAGGCAGGUGCUGCAGCAGCACCUGGUGGAGGCAGCCACGAGGCUGAGCGAGGUCCACGGGCGCUGCCUCAACAUUUUCAUCAACCAGGCCUUUGACAUGCAGAGGGACCUGCAGAUCACCCCCAAGAGGUUGGAGUACACGCGCAGGAAGGAGAACGAGCUCUACGAGUCGCUGAUGGGCAUCGCCAACCGCAAGCAGGAGGAGAUGAAGGAGAUGAUCGUGGACACCCUGGGCAAUAUGAAGGAGGAGCUGCUGGAGGAUGCUGCCAGCAUGGAGUUCAGAGACAUCAUCAUUCCCGAGAGCGGCGAGCCCGUCAGCUCCAAGGACAUCAAGCGCUGCAUCCAGCAGAUCCAGGAGCUGAUCAUCUCCAGGCUGAACCAGGCUGUGGCCAACAAACUGAUCAGCUCCGUGGAUUAUCUGAGGGAGAGCUUCGUGGGCACCCUGGAGCGCUGCCUCAAGAGCCUGGAGGAGUCCUGGGAGGGCUCCGUGCACCCACCCCGGGGGCUGGAGAAACCCCGCGAGGGAGCCGUGCACAUCACCAGCAACUAUCUCAAACAGAUCCUGAAUGCAGCCUAUCACGUGGAGGUCACGUUCCACUCGGGUUCAACGGUGACCAGGAUGCUGUGGGAACAGAUCAAACAGAUAAUCCAGCGGAUCACGUGGGUCAGCCCCCCGGCCAUCACCAGCGACUGGAAGAGGAAGGUGGCCCAGGACGCCAUCGAGAGCCUCAGCGCCUCCAAGCUGGCCAAGAGCAUCUGCAGCCAGUUCCGCACGCGCCUCAACAGCUCCCACGAGGCCUUCGCCGCCUCCCUGCGCCAGCUGGAGGACGGCCACUCGGGCCGGCUGGAGCGCACCGAGGACCUGUGGCUGAGGGUGAGGAAGGAGCACGCGCCCCGGCUGGCCCGGCUCUCCCUGGAGAGCAGAUCCCUGCAGGACGUGCUGCUGCACGGGAAGCCCAAGCUGGGCAGGGAGCUGGGCCGAGGCCAGUAUGGGGUGGUGUACCUGUGUGACAGCUGGGGGGGACACUUCCCCUGCGCCCUCAAAUCCGUCGUCCCUCCGGAUGAGAAGCACUGGAACGACCUGGCACUGGAAUUUCACUACAUGAGGUCCCUGCAGUCCCACGAGAGGCUGGUGCACCUGCAUGGCUCCGUUAUUGAUUAUGGCUAUGGAGGAGGCUCCAGCAUUGCUGUGCUGCUGAUCAUGGAGAGGCUGCACAGGGACCUCUACACGGGGCUGAAGGCUGGGCUGGAAUUGGAGCCACGGUUGCAGAUUGCGUUGGAUGUGGUGGAAGGGAUCCGGUACCUGCACAGCCAGGGCUUGGUGCACAGGGACAUCAAACUCAAAAAUGUCCUGCUGGACAAAAAGAACAGGGCCAAAAUCACAGAUUUGGGGUUCUGCAAACCUGAGGCGAUGAUGUCUGGCAGCAUCGUGGGCACCCCCAUCCACAUGGCUCCCGAGCUCUUCACAGGGAAAUACGACAAUUCCGUGGAUGUUUAUGCCUUUGGGAUCCUGUUCUGGUACCUCUGCUCGGGCCACGUGAAGUUACCUGAGGCUUUUGAGAGGUGUGCAAGCAAAGAUCACCUGUGGAACAACGUCAGGAGAGGGGUUCGCCCGGAGCGGCUCCCGGUGUUUGACGAGGAAUGCUGGCAGCUGAUGGAAGCCUGCUGGGACGGGGACUCCUCCCAGCGGCCCCUGCUGGGAAUCGUGCAGCCCAUGCUCCAGGGAAUCAUGGACAGGCUCUGCCGGGCUCCCUCCGAGCAUCCCAACAAAGGCCUGGAUGACUCCACCUGAGCGGGAGCUGCGGCAGCAUUUCGGGAAUUGAGGCGGGAUUUCGGGAAUUGAGGCGGGAUUUGGGCAAUUCCAGCCCCGCCCCUGCCGCGGAGCUGCGGGCACAGGGAGGAGCUCCAGGGGUGACGGCUCCAUCCCAAUCCUGUUAUCCCUCUGGAAUUGUGUGGGACAGGGGGGUGACAGCUCCAUCCCAAUCCUGUUAUCCCUCUGGAAUUGUGUGGGACAGGGGGGGUGACAGCUCCAUCCCAAUCCCACCCUGUUAUCCCUCUGGAAUUGUGUGGGACAGGGGGGUGACAGCUCCGUCCCAGUCUUGUUAUCCCUAUGGAAUUGUGUGGGACAGGGGGGUGACAGCUCCAUCCAAAUCCUGUUAUCCCUAUGGAAUUGUGUGGGACAGGGUGGGGCUCAGAGGGGUGGCAGCUCCAUCCCAAUCCCACCCAAUGGAAUUCUGUGGGACAGGAGGUUACAGCUCCAUCCCAGUCUUGUUAUCCCUCUGGAAUUGUGUGGGACAGGGGGGUGACAGCUCCAUCCCAAUCCUGUUAUCCCUAUGGAAUUGUGUGGGACAUGGAGGGGCUCAGGGGGGUGACAGCUCCAUCCCAAUCCCACCCUGUUAUCCCUAUGGAAUUGUGUGGGACAGGGAGGGGCUAAGGGGGGUGACAGCUCCAUCCCAAUCUCACCCAAUGGAAUUCUAUGGGACAGGGGGUGACAGCUCCAUCCCAAUCUUGUUAUCCCUAUGGAAUUGUGUGGGACAGAGGGGUGACAGCUCCAUCCCAAUCCUGUUAUCCCUAUGGAAUUGUGUGGGACAGGGAGGGGCUCAGGGGGGUGACAGCUCCAUCCCAAUCCCACCCUGGUAUCCCUAUGGAAUUGUGUGGGACAGGGGGGUGACAGCUCCAUCCCAGUCUUGUUAUCCCUAUGGAAUUGUGUGGGACAGGGAGGAGCUAAGGGGGGUGACAGCUCCAUCCCAAUCUCACCCAAUGGAAUUCUGUGGGACAGGGGGGUGACAGCUCCAUCCCAGUCCUGUUAUCCCUAUGGAAUUGUUUGGGACAGGGAGGGGCUCAGGGGGGUGACAGCUCCAUCCCAGUCCCACCCUGUUAUCCCUAUGGAAUUGUUUGGGACAGGGGGGUGACAGCUCCAUCCCAAUCCUGUUAUCCCCAUGGAACUGAGAGAUGGAAAACCCAAACCCUUCGUGCUCACGUUGUGGCUUUGCCAAUCCCACCCCAAGCCUUGGGAGGGAUCCAUGGGAUGGGAAAAUCCCUUCCCAAAACCCCAGGAGAACCAUCCUGCUCCUCCCUCUGCCUUUGGCAGCAAUUCCAGAGGAGAAGAAGGAAAAGGCACCAAACUUUAGGAUAAGGAAGUGUUGGGAAGCUCCAAGGAGCUGGAAAUGUUUACAUGGACAGGAGCAAAGCUUCCAUAUUUUUUUUCUAUGGGGACUUGGAAAACCCCACCUGGAUAAGCUAUUGAUCCCUAAUCCCACCUUUUCCUCCUCUUUUUCCCCUCUCCUUUGCUUCCUUCAAUUUCUUGGAAUGGCUGGAGAAACCUUCCGUUGCUUCCACGCUGCAUUCCUCAGAGGUUCCGCUUUGUAGCAGCACAAAAAGUCCUUAAAAUUCUUGAUUUUUCCGUGGGGGAAAGUGCCAAAAUUCCUUUAAAAUCAGGAUUUGGGGCUUGGAAUUCAUGGGAUUGCCGUGGCAGUUUUAAAUUGGGCUGAGUGUGCACAGGAAUAUUUAAAAAAAUGAGGUUUUUCCAGCUUUUUUUUUCCAAGUUGGAUGGGAAGAAAGAUCCUUCCUUCUUCCCCUCACUUUCACUCCAGGGCUGGAAUUCGGUCGGAAAGAAUUAAAAAAAAAAAAAAAAAUGGGGAUAGAGAAGAAGGGGGAUCCUGGGCAAGGUUGUCUUUCCCAAAUUCCUGGAAAUCCCAGUUUGCUUCCUGCAUUUUUGGGGUGGAAUUGGGCUGAUCUGGAGCAGGAAAUGCCCCUUGGUGGCUCCGUGAGGAGCUGAGGAGUUGGGAAUUCUCCAGCUGGAGUUCCCAGGGAAGGUGGAAUUCCUUGGCUGAAAUUCCAGCUGCCCGUGGCCGAGGAUGGGUUUAGUGGGAAUCUUUUCCUUUCUUUGUGCAAUAAAAUGGAUUCAGGAGCUUUU